AUGAAGCCGGGGCCACCGCACCGCGCCGCGGCCGCCCACGGGGCAGGCGCCGGGAACGGGGCCGGGGCCGGGCCCGGGGCCCGCGGGCUGCUGCUGCCGCCGCUGCUGCUGCUGCUGCUGGCCGGGCGCGCCGCGGGGGUGAGUGACGCGCGCCGGCCGCCCCCGCCGCCGGCCGCCUUCGGGGCUCUGGGGACCCCUCCCCGGCGGGCGACCCGGCGGGAACCGGAUUGCGGGUCGCGGGCGCUGCGCCCCUCCCCGGCGGCCCCGCGGGCGGAGCGGGGUCCCCUGCCCCGGGUCCAGAGGCGCGGGGAGGGCCUGACGGCGGGCCGGGGGUCGCCGGGCGCGGGGCCCGGGCUGGAUGCCGCCUUCCUGCCCCUCACCCCUCCAGCAGCAAGUGAAUGUGGCGGGUGCUGGAUUCCCAGCCAGGGCAGCUGUGGACGGAGCCUGGCCCCGGCCCACAUUCCUGCGGUGACGCUCUGGGUCUCCGGGUUGGAGCUGGUGAGCGCUCAGCGCUGGCGCAGCGAGAACUUCGAGAGGCCCGUGGAUCUCGAGGGCUCUGGGGAUGACGACUCCUUCCCCGAUGACGAGCUGGAUGACCUCUACUCAGGGUCGGGCUCAGGCUACUUCGAGCAGGAGUCGGGCAUUGAGACAGCCAUGCGGUUCAGCCCGGAUGUAGCCAUGGCAGUGGCGACCACACCUGCAGUGCUGCCCACCAUGGACAUCCAGCCUGUGGGCAUCCCGUUGGAAGAGCUCCCCUCUGAGCACCCCACCCCAGAGCCGGCCACCAGCCCCCCCGUGGUGACAGAGGUCCCAGGAGAGCCCAGCCAGAGAGCCACCACCAUCUCCACUCCCACGGCUACCACGGCCGCCACGACUGCGGAGGCCCUGACUGUGGCCACGGUGCCUGCCACGGUGGCCACUGCCGCCCCCAGCCUCCCCGCGGCCCCCCCUUCCACGGCCACCCCCUCCGUCACAAGGACCACCGGCGUGCAGAGGCUUCUGCCUCUUCCAUUGACCACGGCAGCCACGGCCCGGGCCACCACCCCAGCAGCGCCCUCACCUCCCACCACAGUGGCUGUCUUGGACACAGAGGCCCCAACACCCAGGAUGGUCAGCACAGCUACCUCCAGGCCAAGGGCCCUUCCCAGGCCAGCCACCACCCAGGAGGCUGACGUCCCCGAGAAGAGCACCUUGCCCCUGGGGACCACUGCCCCUGGACCCACAGAGGUGGCUCAGACCCCAACUCCGGAGUCCAUCCUGACCACGAUCCGGGAUGAGCCCGAGGUGCCCGUGAGCGGGGGGCCCAGCGGGGACUUUGAGCUGCCAGAGGAGGAGACCACACAGCCAGACACAGCCAAUGAGGUGGUGGCCGUGGGCGGGGCUGCAGCCAAGCCGUCACCUCCACCUGGGACGCUGCCCAAGGGUGCACGCCCAGGCCCCGGCCUCCUGGACAAUGCCAUCGACUCAGGCAGCUCGGCUGCUCAGCUGCCUCAGAAAAGCAUCCUGGAGCGGAAGGAGGUGCUCGUAGCUGUGAUUGUAGGUGGGGUGGUGGGCGCCCUGUUUGCUGCCUUCCUGGUCACGUUACUCAUCUACCGCAUGAAGAAGAAGGAUGAGGGAAGCUACACACUGGAGGAGCCCAAGCAGGCGAGCGUCACGUACCAGAAGCCUGACAAGCAGGAGGAGUUCUACGCCUAGCGGAGCCACAGUGCCUCCCGUAGCUCAGCAUCACCCCUCUGCCUAGCCCCUGGCCCGGCCUCGCCAGCCCUGGCCUGGGACUGGGCCUGGAAGGGAGCCUGGCCCCAGUUCAUCUCUGCCCGCCCUCCCAAGGUCUGCCCAGACUGCCAGCCUCACACAGACCUUGCCUGAGGACGGGGGCGCUGCCAUCUGCCCUCUGCUGUGCCCUUAGGAGCUCAUCU